AUGGAGGAGCAAGAACAAGAAGUAGAAGCCUACCGCGUUAUACCAAAACCAGCUGACUGGCUCACCAGCUUAAUAUCUCUUCAAGCUGAUGCCCUUUACAACUGUUUUAUCACCCUUGCUUCCCCUUUCUCCACCUUCCUUUCUGUAGCCUCAGAGUCGUACCACCGUGCUGAAGAGACAAUGGCAAGCGUCGGAACGGCCGUUCAAAAGGUCCCUUCUGAAAUCACUCAUGGUAGCAUCAUCUUGUUGAAGAGAGUUGGGUUGGGACUUCUGGGAGCUGCACAAGUGUGCAUGGUGUUGGUUUUGGUGAUGGUUUUGGCUGCUUUGGUGGGAAUUGGGUUGGUGCAAACUUGGCUGGAAGAGCCUGUUUUUGUUAGAGAGAAAUUGUACUUUGAUUACACUGAGGUGAAUCCUAAGGCAGUGUUGUGUUUUGGUGGUAGUGGGUUUGACUGCAGCAAUCAUAGGAAGAGGCAAAUGGCUGUUCCAGUUGGUCAUACAUUUCAUGUUUAUUUGGUUCUUUUGAUGCCUGAAUCUGAUUUCAAUUGGCAUAUUGGGGUGUUUCAGUUGACUGCAGAACUCUUAUCGAGUAAUGGAAAUGUAAUUGCAAAGUCUAGCCAGCCUGUUAUGUUGUGGUUCAGAAGCCUACCAGUUCAACUUGCACGAACAUUUCUCUUGGGUUUACAUCUCUUGCUUGGAAUUUCAAGUGAGACACAAAAGAUAAAAAUUGAGAUAUUGAGACACAAAGAAGGACAUCCAAGAACUGAAGCUGUUAGGGUAAUUUUGGCUCCAAGGGCUGGGACUUCAUUGCUUCCACAGUUGUAUGAAGCUGAAAUCAUUAUGAACUCGCAGUUACCUUGGAAUAAACAAUUGCUCCGUAAUUGGAAGUGGACGCUGUCUGUGUGGACAUCUUUCAAUGUUUACAUAAUGUUCCUUAUAAUUCUCAUUGGCUGCUUUAAACCACUAUUCUUUCCGGAGAUAACAGCAGGUUUCAGUAACCGAGAUGAAAGAGGAACAGGGGAAGAGGAAUCCAUAGAACCACUAAUCAGUGGCAGCAAUGAUCAAAAUGAGGUUUCUGAUUUACUAAGUAAAUGGUACCAUAGCAGACGCAAGCGAACGGCAAUCUUUCUGCACAAGAAUUUCUCAGAUAUUGCUGGCUCAUCAGCCUCAAGCAUGAGUAUAACUAGGGAAGAUACGAGUGGGAUCAUUGAAGAGGAUGAGGGAGACUCAGAAUCAGUGUGUUUAGGUGGUUGA